GUGAUGUCACGCGUUACCGGGCAACGUCCUGCCGCGAGCCCGGAAGAGGAGGACCUAGUGCGAGGGGAAAGGGCGGCGAAGAGGGGCGCCAAUAUGGCGGACAAAGAGAAGAAGAAGAAGGAGAGCAUCCUCGACCUGUCAAAGUACAUCGAUAAAACCAUCCGAGUGAAAUUCCAGGGCGGCCGCGAAGCCAGUGGAAUUUUGAAAGGUUUUGAUCCUCUCCUCAACCUGGUCCUUGAUGGUACUAUUGAAUACAUGAGAGACCCAGACGAUCAAUACAAGCUCACUGAGGACACACGUCAGCUGGGACUGGUGGUCUGCAGAGGGACUUCUGUAGUCCUUAUCUGCCCUCAGGAUGGCAUGGAGGCCAUUCCAAACCCUUUCAUUCAGCAGCAAGAUGGGUAGUCGCCUCCAGGAGGUAUCCAUCUGCAUUUGGCAUUAAGACACUGCUGUCUUUGCAGCUUGGGCACAAGAAACCUCAAGUUUGGGGUAGCAAUGAAUUUAGGUUUGUUAGAAAGAGCUCUGUAGCUUCUUCUCGGCAGCCUGUGAGCAAUACCUUUUUUUAAAAAAAGAAAAUAAAUAUCUAUACACA